AUGGUUCGCCUUGAACUCCCCUCUGCGGGAAAAUUCAUCGACCACCUCAUCAGCAACCGGCUGCAAGAGCUCGACAAAGACCCCUACAGCACGCAAAGCGACCGUCCGUUCUUCAUCGCCGACACAAGCCAGGCGUUGAAGCUUUACAAUCGUUGGAAACGCGCCUUGCCAAACAUAUCUCCAUUCUACGCUGUAAAAUGCAACUCGGAUGUGCGUUUCCUGCGGUUCCUCGCCGAGCUGGGGCUGGGCUUCGACUGCGCCUCGCAGACGGAGAUCGAGCUGGUUCUGUCCUUGGGCGUGGACCCCUCGCGCAUAAUCUUCGCACAUCCAUGCAAGGCCGUCUCCGCGAUUCGCAUUGCAUCUGCUCGCGGCAUCACCCUCACUACAUUCGACAACAUUGACGAGCUCGAUAAGAUCAAGGCCCAUGCUCCGGGCAUGCAGUUGCUGCUGCGGAUCUAUGCACAAGACGACACGGCCGCCGCGCAGCUGGGCAACAAGUUUGGCGCGCCGAUGUCGACGGUCGAGCCUCUCCUGCAAAGAGCGAAGCAGCUGGGACUCUGUGUGCGAGGCGUGAGCUUCCAUGUUGGCUCCGGUGCCCGCAACCCGGCGGCCUUCACAACAGCCGUCUACCAAGCCCGCCACGUCUUCGAUCUCGCAUCGCACCUCCACCUCCCCCCAAUGGACAUCCUGGACGUAGGUGGCGGCUUCCAAGACAGCAACUUCGAGGAGAUGGCCCUCCCGCUCUCCCGCGCUAUCGACGAAGCCUUCCCGGAUCCUGCUUCCGUACGUCUCAUUGCCGAACCCGGCCGCUACUUCGCCCGCAGCCUAUACACGAUGGCCUGCAAAGUGACCUCGCGCCGGCGGCAGCUGCACCUGCAGCAGUCGCCCGACGACAAUCUCCCAUGCUCCUACCCAUCCCUCACGCCCGACAUGCUCUACCUCAACGACGGGGUGUACGGGAGCUUUAUGUUAGCGGUUUGCGAGAAUGAGAUCUUCGUGCCGGAUCCUGUCCCGCGCCGGGUUGCCGCUGAGGAUACGUUCGAGCCUCGCGCCGAGGGAGCGCAUCUGUAUUCCCUCUGGGGGCCGACGUGUGAUGGGAUCGAUUGUAUGGCGGCGGAGGUGACGAUGGAGGGGGAGGUGAGAGUGGGGGAUUGGUUGGUUUUUAGGGACAUGGGGGGUGAGUUGCUCCCUGACUCCUUGGGGGCCCUUAUAUCGGUUGCUGCUGAACUGACUAACAUGGGUUACUUGGGGUUGAUAGCAUAUAGCGUGGUGAGCGCGACACGGUUCAAUGGCUUCUCUAACGAUUACGAUGUGAUCUAUGCGAGUGAUUAUCUGGCGUCUGCUACUGGGGUGGAGGGGGCGAGCGAGACCGCAAAGGGGGCUUAUAAAUACCUUGAGUGGCUUCUGCCGGGGUCAAUUCGCGGGCUGUGGAGGUAA